AACCAGAGCGAGCGAGCUCAGGGGCUGCAGCGAUCUCUCGAUAAGCCACCUAGAGGCGACUCUGUGCGCGCGCUCCCCAGUGGCUCCCGCCCUCCCUCUGAUCAUGUUGACAUAUUCACAGGACAGGCAGUAGUACCGAUGCGGCGCUGCGACGUUACAGUUUCCGACACCUUCUUUUUAUAACUCAGCUCUAUCCCCCAGCACUCGACCUGUGAAAACCACGCCUAUGCAGCAACACAAUUGGUCCGAAAGCGUCAAAGAGCCAAUCAAGAGGCCUCCGGCUCCCCGCAGCCCACAGCGCAGCCCGACCUUCUAGAGCCGCCGAGCAGACGCCCGGUGAAUUCUAGAGGCGGCGGAGGGUGGCGAGGAGCUCUCGCUUUCUCUCGCUCCCUCCCUCGCUCCCUCCCUCUCCGACUCCGUCUCUCACUCUCUCUCUCUCCCUCCCCCUCUCUCUUUCCCUCCGUUCCAUUUUUUCCCCCUCUAAAUCCUCCCUGCCCUGCGCGCCUGGACACAGAUUUAGGAAGCGAAUUCGCUCACGUUUUAGGACAAGGAAGAGAGAGAGGCACGGGAGAAGAGCCCAGCAAGAUUUGGAUUGAAACUGAGACACCCUCCGGAGGCUCGGAGCAGAGGAAGGAGGAGGAGGGCGAACGGAAGCCAGUUUGCAGUUCAAGUUUUGAUAGCGCUGGUAGAAGGGGGUUUAAAUCAGAUUUUUUUUUUUUUAAAGGAGAGAGACUUUUUCCGCUCUCUCGCUCCCUGUUAAAGCCGGGUCUAGCACAGCUGCAGACGCCACCAGCGAGAAAGAGGGAGAGGAAGAGAGAUAGGGGGCGGGGGAAGAAGAAAAGAAAGGUAAAAAGUCUUCUAGGAGAACCUUUCACAUUUGCAACAAAGGACCUAGGGGCUGGAGAGAGAUUCCUGGGACGCAGGGCUGGAGUGUCUAUUUCGAGCUCAGCGGCAGGGCUCGGGCGCGAGUCGAGACCCUGCUCGCUUCUCUCGCUUCUGAAACUGACUUUCAGGAGCGGCUUUUUAAAAACGCAAGGCACAAGGACGGUCACCCGCGCGACUAUGUUUGCUGAUUUUUCGCCUUGCCCUCUUUAAAAGCGGCCUCCCCUUCUCCAAAAGACAACUUUCCUUCCUCCCUUUGAAGUGCAUUAGUUGUGAUUUCUGCCUCCUUUUAUUUUUUCUUUCUUUUUUUCUUUUUUGUUUUGUUUUCCCCCCCCUUUUGAACUAUGUGCUGCUGUUAACAACAACAACAACAAAAACAACAAAACACAGCAGCUGCAGACUUGUCCCCGGCUGGAGCCCAGCGCCCCGCCUGGAGUGGAUGAGCCUCUCCAUGAGAGAUCCGGUCAUUCCUGGGACAAGCAUGGCCUACCAUCCGUUCCUACCUCACCGGGCGCCGGACUUCGCCAUGAGCGCGGUGCUGGGUCACCAGCCGCCGUUCUUCCCCGCGCUGACGCUGCCUCCCAACGGCGCGGCGGCGCUCUCGCUGCCGGGCGCCCUGGCCAAGCCGAUCAUGGAUCAAUUGGUGGGGGCGGCUGAGACCGGCAUCCCGUUCUCCUCCCUGGGGCCCCAGGCGCAUCUGAGGCCUUUGAAGACCAUGGAGCCCGAAGAAGAGGUGGAGGACGACCCCAAGGUGCACCUGGAGGCUAAAGAACUUUGGGAUCAGUUUCACAAGCGGGGCACCGAGAUGGUCAUUACCAAGUCGGGAAGGCGAAUGUUUCCUCCAUUUAAAGUGAGAUGUUCUGGGCUGGAUAAAAAAGCUAAAUAUAUUUUAUUGAUGGACAUUAUAGCUGCUGAUGACUGUCGUUAUAAAUUUCACAAUUCUCGGUGGAUGGUGGCUGGUAAGGCUGACCCUGAAAUGCCAAAGAGGAUGUACAUUCACCCGGACAGCCCCGCUACUGGGGAACAGUGGAUGUCCAAAGUCGUCACUUUCCACAAACUGAAACUCACCAACAACAUUUCAGACAAACAUGGAUUUACUUUGGCCUUCCCAAGUGAUCACGCUACGUGGCAGGGGAAUUAUAGUUUUGGUACUCAGACUAUAUUGAACUCCAUGCACAAAUACCAGCCCCGGUUCCACAUUGUAAGAGCCAAUGACAUCUUGAAACUGCCUUAUAGUACAUUUCGGACAUACUUAUUCCCCGAAACUGAAUUCAUCGCUGUGACUGCAUACCAGAAUGAUAAGAUAACUCAGUUAAAAAUAGACAACAACCCUUUUGCAAAAGGUUUCCGGGACACUGGAAAUGGCCGAAGAGAAAAAAGAAAACAGCUCACCCUGCAGUCCAUGAGGGUGUUUGAUGAAAGACACAAAAAGGAGAACGGGACCUCUGACGAGUCCUCCAGCGAACAAGCAGCUUUCAACUGCUUCGCCCAGGCUUCUUCUCCAGCCGUCUCCACUGUAGGGACAUCGAACCUCAAAGAUUUAUGUCCCAGCGAGGGUGAGAGCGACGCCGAGGCCGAGAGCAAAGAGGAGCACGGCCCCGAGGCCUGCGACGCGGCCAAGAUUUCCACCACCACGUCGGAGGAGCCCUGCCGUGACAAGGGCAGCCCCGCUGUCAAGGCGCACCUUUUCGCCGCCGAGCGGCCCCGGGACAGCGGGCGGCUGGACAAAGCGUCGCCCGACUCGCGCCAUAGCCCCGCCACCAUCUCGUCCAGCACUCGCGGCCUGGGCGCGGAGGAGCGCAGGAGUCCGGGUCGCGAGGGCGCAGCACCGGCCAAGGUGGAGGAGGCGCGCGCGCUCCCGGGCAAAGAGGCCUUCGCGCCGCUCACAGUGCAGUCCGACGCGGCCGCCGCGCACCUGGCCCAGGGUCCCCUGCCCGGCCUCGGCUUCGCUCCGGGCCUGGCGGGCCAACAGUUCUUCAACGGGCACCCGCUCUUCCUGCACCCCAGCCAGUUUGCCAUGGGGGGCGCCUUCUCCAGCAUGGCAGCCGCCGGCAUGGGGCCCCUCCUGGCCACCGUGUCUGGGGCCUCCACUGGCGUCUCGGGCCUGGAUUCCACGGCCAUGGCCUCUGCCGCCGCGGCGCAGGGACUGUCCGGGGCGUCCGCGGCCACCCUGCCCUUCCACCUCCAGCAGCACGUCCUGGCCUCUCAGGGCCUGGCCAUGUCCCCUUUCGGAAGCCUGUUCCCUUACCCCUACACGUACAUGGCCGCAGCGGCGGCCGCCUCCUCUGCGGCAGCCUCCAGCUCGGUGCACCGCCACCCCUUCCUCAAUCUGAACACCAUGCGCCCACGGCUGCGCUACAGCCCCUACUCCAUCCCGGUGCCGGUCCCGGACGGCAGCAGCCUGCUCACCACCGCCCUGCCCUCCAUGGCGGCGGCUGCGGGGCCCCUGGACGGCAAAGUCGCUGCCCUGGCCGCCAGCCCGGCCUCGGUGGCGGUGGACUCGGGCUCUGAACUCAACAGCCGCUCCUCCACGCUCUCCUCCAGCUCCGUGUCCUUGUCGCCCAAACUCUGCGCGGAGAAAGAGGCGGCCACCAGCGAACUGCAGAGCAUCCAGCGGUUGGUCAGCGGCUUGGAAGCCAAGCCAGACAGGUCCCGCAGCGCGUCCCCGUAGACCCCUCCCAGACACGUCUCUUCAUUCCAGUCCAGUCCAGGCUGCCGUGCACUUUGUCGGAUGUAAAAUAUACCACGGGCCCGCCAUGGCGUUAGCCCUUCCUUUUGCAGUUGCGUCUGGGAAGGGGCCCCGGACUCCCUCGAGAGAAUGUGCUAGAGACAGCCCCUGUCUUCUUGGCAUGGUUUAUAUAUCCGGGAUCUGGAUCAGAUUCUGGGGGCUCAGAAGCGUCGGUUGCAUUGAGCUGUUGAGGGUGGGAGUUCCAACAUUUAUGUCCAGAGCAACUUCCAGCAAGGCUGGUCUGGGUCUCUGCCCACCCGGCGGGGAGGUGUUCAAAGACAUCUCCUCAGUGCGGAUUUAUAUAUUUUUCCCUUCACUGUGUCAAGUGGAAACAAAAAUAAAAUAUUUCAAAAAAAAAAUCGGGACAAGUGAAUACAUUAACAUGAUUCUGUUUGUGCAGAUUAAAAACUUUAUAGGGACUUGCAUUAUCGGUUCUCAAUAAAUUACUGAGCAGCUUUGUUUGGGGAGGGAAGUCCCUACCAUCCUUGUUUAGUCUAUAUUAAGAAAAUCUGUGUCUUUUUAAUAUUCUUGUGAUGUUUUCAGAGCCGCUAUAGGUCUCUUCUUGCAUGUCCACAGUAAUGUAUUUGUGGUUUUUAUUUUGAACGCUUGCUUUUAGAGAGAAAACAAUAUAGCCCCCUACCCUUUUCCCAAUCCUUUGCCCUCAGAUCAGUGACCCAGGGGAGGGGGGGAUUUAAAGGGAAGGAGUGGGCAAAACACAUAAAAUGAAUUUAUUUUAUCUAAGCUCUGUAGCAGGAUUCAUGUUCUUUGACAGUUCUUUCUCUUUCCUGUAUAUGCAAUAACAAGGUUUUAAAAAAAUAAAGAAGAAGUGAGACUAUUAGACAAAGUAUUUAUGUAAUUAUUUGAUAACUCUUGUAAAUAGGUGGAAUAUGAAUGCUUGGAAAAUUAAACUUUAAUUUAUUGACAUUGUACAUAGCUCUGUGUAAAUAGAAUUGCAACUGUCAGGUUUUGUGUUCUUGUUUUUCUUUAGUUAGGUUUAUUUCCAGGUCACAGAAUUGCUGUUAACACUAGAAAACACACUUCCUGCACCAACACCAAUACCCUUUCAAAAGAGUUGUCUGCAACAUUUUUGUUUUCUUUUUUAAUGUCCGAAAGUGGGGGAAAGUGCUAUUUCCUAUUUUAGCCAAAAUUGGGGAAGGAGUGCUACUUUCCAGCUCCGCUUCAAAUUCCUUAAAAUAUAACUGAGAUUGCUGUGGGGAGGGAGGAGGGCAGAGGCUGUGGUUUGACUUGCUAAUUUUUCUUUUGUUAUUUGUAUGUGCUAGUCUCUGAUUUCCUCACAACGAAGUGGAAUUUACUACUGUUGUCAAUAUCGAUGGUGUUUUGAAUGGUGCCUAUAGAGAUAUAUUCACAGUUCAAAAGUCAGGUGCUGAGAGAUGGUUUAAAGACAAAUUCAUGAAGGUAUAUUUUGUGUUAUAGUUGUUGAUGAGUUCUUUGGUUUUCUGUAUUUUUUUUCCCCCUCUCUUUAAAACGUCACUGAAAUUUCAAUAAAUUUUUAUUGAAAUGUC